GAAGAAGUAUGUGUUACUGUUGACUGUGCCAGAACAGCUGCUAUGAUAAAUGAUGCUAUAGAUUACAAUAUAAACCCUUGUGAUAAUUUCUAUGAUUUUGCCUGUGGUAAUUGGAAGAAGAACCAUAUAAUUCCUGAAGAUAAAACAAGUUUUGGAGUUAUAGAUGAGCAUUUUGAAACAGUUGAUAUAACCUUAAAAAAUGCACUGGAAAAAGAUAUUUUCGCAGGUGAGGCGGAGGCACUAAUAAAAGCAAAGACAUUAUACAAAUCGUGCAUGGACUUAGUGGGUAUUAACAAUGGUGGAAUCACAUCCCUUUUGAAUUUCUUAAAGAAAAUGGGAGAGUGGCCAGUGACCCUGACUUCUUGGCAAGAAUCUCAAUUUAGUCUAGAAGAAACCAUGUCUAUCAUAACGCUGUAUAACAAAUUUACCUGGGAUGUACUUCCGGUGAUCAGCAUGAAAGUUGUUCCCGAUUCCAAAAUGUUAAAAGAACAUAUCAUAGAGUUUGAUCAAUCGUCUUUUGGUUUGCCCGGUAGAGAUUAUUUUCUUCACGAUCGCAAUGAUUCCAUGUUGAAAGCUUAUGAAGAGGUGGCAAUAAAAGUUGCUGUAUUGAUGGGAGCUGAUCCUAGUACAGCUGAAUCAGACAUGAAAGACAUGGUAGACUUUGAAAUACAAUUGGCAAACAUUUCUAUACCAGCGGAAGAAAGACGAGAUGAGGAAGCACUAUACAAUAAAAUGACGAUAGCUGAAAUGCAAGAGAAAUAUACUACAUUUAAUUGGUUACAAUAUCUACAAUCUGUUUUACAUAUAGAUUUGAUAAAUGUUACUAUCACGGAUGAAACAAAAAUCAUCAACACGGCUCCUGCAUAUUUUGCACAGCUUUCAAAUUUAAUAGGAUCAACUAACAAAAGAGUUGUAUCGAAUUAUCUGUGUUGGAGAUUUAUCGAGAAUCUGUUAAAUGAUUUAACGCCAGAAUAUCAAGAAUUGUACAAUAAAUUUUCAAAGGUUGUAUUCGGUACAGGAACAGCUAAACCCAGAUGGCAGAAAUGUUCUAUGUAUACUGAGAAUGGAUUAAAUAUGGCUGCUGGUAGACUAUUUGUAGAGUCGGCAUUUGAUAAAGGAUCCAAGAAAAUUAUAUUAGAAAUGAUAAAUAAAUUACGAGCAGCAUUUAGUGAUCAAAUAGAAUCAAACAUCUGGAUGGAUGACGAAACUCGAGAAGCCGCAAGAAAAAAGGCAAAUGCCUUAGAUGAAAGAGUUGGAUAUCCAGAGGAGAUUUUAAAUGACACCUAUUUAAAUAAUUUGUAUAAAAAUAUAAAGUAUAAUUCAAGUGAUUAUUUCAACAAUAUAUUAGUUACAGAGCUUCAACAAACAGUCGAUAAAGCAAAAUUAUUACAAGAACAAGUCGAUAAAUCAAAAUGGUUAUUUGGCCCAGCUUUUGUUAAUGCUAAUUAUUAUCCUUUAUCAAAUUAUAUGGAAUUUCCUGCGGCCAUCCUUCAGAACAGAUUUUAUAGUAAAACCUAUCCUAGGAGCGUUAACUUUGGUGGCAUUGGUAUGGUAAUAGGGCAUGAAAUAACUCAUGGUUUCGAUGACAUUGGUAUACAAUUUGAUGAAUAUGGUAAUUUAAAACAGUGGUGGACCAACACAUCAAUAGCUAACUUUAAAAAACAAGCCCAAUGUUUAAUAGACCAAUAUUCUGAUUUUACUGUCCCUGAAAUUGGGUCGAAGAUGAAUGGGAUUAAUAGCCUAGGAGAAAAUAUAGCAGAUUGUGGUGGUCUCAUACAGGCAUAUCAAGCUUAUAGAAAAUGGGUAGCUGAAAAGGGUAAAGAAGAAGCACCACUGCCUGGUUUACCGUUUACCCACGACCAACUAUUAUUUAUUAAUUAUGCCCAGUCUUUCUGUACUAAUAUAAGACCAGAAGAGGCCAAACAAAGAAUACUUACAGAAAGGCAUUCGCCGAAUAGAUUUAGGAUAAUUGGGGCUUGUCAGAAUUCCAUAGACUUUGCCAGAGUGUUCAAAUGUCCUGAAAAAUGUGUUAUGAAUCCAAUCAAGAAAUGUUCUGUUUGGUGA